CAUGUGUGAAGCAUAUUCUUUAUAUAUCCUAGAGACCCUUAUUCAAUCAAAUGGGUCGAUGCCGGUGAAUAGUCUGUGGAGUUGUAUUUCCGCAAGGUUUCAAAAAAAUGCUGAAUUUAUAUCCGUAAUCGGUAACACGAUAUCCGAUUUUGAAGAAUUUCUACUUAAACAAACCUCGCUAUUUCGUAUUGCAAAUCAUAUAGUCUCUCUUCUUGAUUCAACAAGAGUAUGCCUUGGUGACAAUGUUCCUAUAGUAGAGAGGCGGCGUAGCGCUUAUUCUAAAGAAGCACUAUCUUCUCAUAGUGGAUCAUCUUCACACAGUGGAAAUGGUUGUAGUGAUUUUGAAUCUGAUACUGCGGCAGUCAAAUUUUUUCAGGCCCAUCUAUUAAAGCGUCAAGAAAAAUGGGUCCCCAUAAAGAGCUUGGCUGGUCACUUAUCUCAGGCUUCUGCCAAAGUACGUACAGCUGUUGGGCCACAAUCUGAUUUUAUCCACUUCUUAAAUCGGCACCCGCUGGUAUUCGAAGUGCAAGGAGAGUUGGCGAGUCUACGUGAUGAUUUCAGAAAUGCUUGUUUUAUGGCCAGUUCAUCUAAUGCUAUUCUUUGCUUGAACUCCAAAAGAAAAAGAAAAGAGAGGCCACAAUCAAUGAGAAUUUCGAAUUUGGUUAUUAAGAAAAAUUCUUUCUCGGUCCCUACAGUCUCAGAUUAUCUUAAUGUUCAAGCACCAUUGUCUCACAAACCCAACUACAUUGUUCCAUCUUCAGUCGCGAAUUUCACCAGUACUUCAUAUGGAAAUACUGUAGCUCUAAGCGGAAGCGAGUAUAAGUCCGUGAUGUGGCUUAGACAAAUGGUGGUCAAGCAUUCUCCAAAGGCCAAAGUGUCAUCUAUAAUGCAAGAGCUCAUAAAUGCCGCCGAGUCCAUUCGAAAUACAAUAGGCCUAACUCAGAUUGAAUUAGUGGAGUUCCUAUACAAGCAUGGAUCUAUAUUUACUUUUAAUGAGUCCUCCGGGUGUGUUGACCUUUGUAGCACUCGCAAUAUAAACCUCUUAAUAAUGGGGAGUCGCCCGCAUAAUGAGAAUAGUUUUUCCUUGAUAAGGCAAAGGGGUUGCGUCUUUUGCGUCACAAAAUUAUGGGGAAUUAUCGAUUUGGGAUUCCAUGAGCAUGUAUUCUUUGACCGCUCGCUAUUCAAGCACGUUACGGAUCUAACAAAGCAUUUCAAGAUCAUCUUUUUAAAAAUGUUAAUAUACGACCAUCAAUUUGUGGCGAUUUUUGCUCAGCAGGCCGGGCAUUCUGGACAAAAUUAA